UAGAACGGAGUUCACCCUGUUCACCGGAGAAUGAAUACUUUUUUUGUUUCCGAGUUGCUGAAAUGAUACAAGUUCACCGUUUUUCUUAUGCCGAACUUGUUCGCCUCGGUCAGCAGAUUGAUAUUCGGGACUAUGGAAUACUUUUACGCAGUUGCUAAGGGUCGGAAUCCCGGCGUGUACAAAACCUGGGAUGAGUGUAAGGCAGAAGUGAAUAAAUUUCCACGCCCGGUUUACAAGAAGUUUCCGUCAAAAGCAGAGGCUGAAGAUUUUGUCAACAGUCGAGGGCGUCCCUUGCUUAAACCAAAGUCAACACGUGAGGCGAGCGCACUAAACAAAUGGCCGAACAAACUAGAAAACAAUCUGCGCUACGAUCAGAUGGAAAAGCGAUUGAAGGACUGGGCCAAGAAUACACCGUCUCUCACUCAACUCGAUAUUCAGACAGAGGCGUCUAGGAUCGCCAAUGAAUUGGGAAUUGAAAAUUUCAACCAAUCGGGAGGCUGGAUCAAGUAUCAUCUCGAGUGUAAUCCGGACAUUUACAAGUCCUUGCGAAUACAGAGCUCUGGCGAUAAAGAGUCGGACCAGCGGCUGAAUUUGGAAAGAAAGUUAUCGAGCUUGGAAAGCAGGAUAUCAGGCUUGUCCACAUCAGGGGGCUCUCUUCCCACACGGAUAAGAAUAUUGGAGCACACUUUGCACUCAAUGCAUCAGGAACUUCACGAAAUUAAAAGACACUUGUCGACAGAUACUCAAGGCUGUUUUGCACCAACUAAUGUUAGAAAACGUAAAAAGCCAAACGACACAGAGAGCGCUCAAGACUCUGACGAGGAUUCUAGAAGCAGCGAGAAUUCCGGGACAGAGAAAAAAUUUGACAUUGACACCGAAGGAUACGUCAAUGUUUACACAGACGGUGCCUGCAGUGGAAAUGGUACAGCAAAAGCAGUUGCAGGAAUUGGUGUUUGGUUCGGGGAUGAGCAUCCCUUAAACGUGUCGCAACCUGUCGCGGAUGGUUGUCGAGCGACGAACAACCUUGCAGAAAUACAGGCUGUAACAGUGGCAGCUAAACAAGCAGCUAAAGCUGGAGUAAAAAAGUUGAAGAUAAAUACCGAUUCCCAAUUUCUUAUAUCCUGUAUAACGCAGUGGAUGCCCAAGUGGAAAAGAAAUGGAUGGAGGAAGAAUAAUGGUCAAAAUGUUAUCAACAAGGAAGAACUUAUCGAAAUGGAGACUGCACUACAGCCUUUAAAGAUUGCAUGGAAUCAUGUAAACGGACACGCAGGCAUUCGUGGCAACGAAAUGGCAGAUGCCUUGGCGAGAGCGGGCGCUGCUUCACAAAGUACGAAGUGAGAAUUCUAUCAGAGGGAAAAAAACGGUGCAAGGACUUGGGGACAGUGAAUUUGCAUCAUUGAUUUGAACUCAUUAUGGGUACUCAUAUUAUCAAU